GUCUGUGGCUAGAAACGAAACUGUUUGGCUGUAUGGUGAUAUACCUUUACCUUUUCCCUAUGGGAAAAGUAAAAAAAAACGAGACCGUUUGUGACAAUCAGCUGUUGAUGAAAAAUUGUUGCUUGGAUAGAUUGGAAUUGGAUCCUAUCCUAAUCUAUAAUUAUUUGCUUUUGACUUGCUUUGCUUUAUAAAGCUUCAAACUAGUAGCUUUCCAGUUACUACUGAUGUUAUAUUUUCCGGAUUGACUACAUCGCGGAACCACAAAUAAAUAAAACUCCAGUCGGCAUGUGCGCGGCGCGCAUGGCGGCGUGGCGCGUGCACGCCUACGGCUCGUGCGCAGAGCUGCGCCUGGAGAGCGCGCGCGUGCCGGCGCUGCGCGCGCCCGACGACGUGCUGGUGCGAGUGCGCGCGACGUCCGUCAACCCGCUGGACGUGGCCAUGAUCGGCGGCUACGGCGCGCGCGUGCUGGGCGCGUGGCGCGCGGCGGACGGCGCGGCGGACGCGCUGCCGCUGGUGGCGGGGCGCGACUUCAGCGGCACCGUGGCGCGCGCGGGCCCGGCUGCGCGCCUGCGCCGCGGCGCCGCCGUGUGGGGCGUGGUGCCGCCGCACCGCGCCGGCGCGCACGCGCAGUACGUGCUCGUCAAGGACCGCUGGGCGGGGCCGGCGCCGCGCGCGCUGCCGCCGCUGCAGGCGGGCGGCGCGCCGUUCGCCGCGCUGUCGGCGUGCGCGCUGCUGCGCGCGGCGGGGCUGGCGCCGGGCGGGGCGGGGGCGCGGGGCGCGCGCGUGCUGCUGCUGGGGCUGGGCGGCGCGGGGCAGGCGGCGCUGCAGCUGCUGGCGGCGGCGGGCGCGCGCGUGCUGGCGGGCUGCGCGCGCGAGCUGCGGCCGCUGGCGCUGCGGCUGGGCGCGGCGCAGGCGCUGGACCGCGAGGCCGCCGACUACGACGCCGCGCUGGAGGACUGCGGCCCGUACGACGCCAUCCUGGACUGCGCGGGGCUGGGCGGCGCGGAGGCGGGCGCGCGGCGCUGGCGCUUCGGCCGCUACGCCACGCUCAGCGGCCCGCUGCUGCGGCGCACGGACGGCGCGGGCCUGCUGGCGGGCGCGCUGGGCGCCGGCGCGGACCUGCUGGCGCACAACGUGGCGGCCCGCGCGCCCGUGCGCUGGGCCUACUUCGCGCCCGCGCCGCGAGACCUGGAGCUGCUGCGGCGCCGGGCCGAGCGCGGACAGUUCUCGGUGCGCGUGGAGCGCGUGUUCGGCUGGUGGGAGGCGGACCGCGCCUACGAGCAGCUGGCGCGCGGACACGCGCGCGGCAAGCUGCUGCUGGACUUCGAGGCCGCGCGCCCGGCGCCGCACGACGAGCCGCCGGCGCGCUGACCGCGCGACCGCGGCCGGCGGCGCAUGUGUGAGAUGAUACGACGAAAAUGAUUUUAAUGAAUAGUAACCACCACUAAGGAAAUAUAGUAUAUUUGUGUUAUCUGAUUUUUCUGUACGCUUUGGUUCGUCAUACGAAUAUAGACAGCGGCUGCAAGUCGAUAGCAGUGUACCGGUACUCCGGAAACCUGCCCGCCCGCGGCCUAUGCGUUAUGUAUAUUUACAUUAGACCUUGCGGCAGUUUAUGCAAAAAUCUUGUGAAACUUAAUAAGCCUAUCCACUAUUGAAAUAAUAAUUUAUACAACGUUUCUAUAGCAUCAAUUUCGUAUGUAAAGUAUCCACGCAUAUCGUGAAUAAGGCUUCUAAGAAGUUAAAGAUAUGUAACCUGAUCAUCUAAAGAUUUCACCGAAUUGAAAAAAAUGCUGCCUUGAAGAGGAGCAAUCCUGAAUAUGCCUUUCAAAUAUAGAAUCCAGUAUGAGGUGGACUCACCUUAUUGAAAGAAUACAGAAAAAGUUUAUACGCUUUCUUAAAUUUAUACCGACUCGUAUUUGAAAUGAAUCCUGAUAUAACCCGUGCCUAUGCUAUCCUUAAGGCUGCUAAAUGAGAUUAAAAGUAUCUACUUGAACAGCUAUUAAUAGUUUGAUGUGGCUCUUCACAACGGGAAAAAGAUGUGUUAUUCUUGAACGUACUUCUGAGUAAAUAAUUUGCUUCACACGA